GCCAGCGCGAGGACUGGGGAAACUGGCGGCUCGGAUGGAUUCCCAGGACGAAGCGGACGGCGGACCCGAGAUGCUCCGAGGUUUCAUUUGUGCCUCGUUUAAUCAGGACACUACCAAGAUUUUCAGAGGUCCAGAUGGUACUGCAGGCUGUGUCACAGCUCAGAUUUCCUGUCUGACACAUGAUUCCCUGUCGGUGGGCACCAAGACCGGCUACCGUCUUUUCUCAGUCACCGCCGUGGACAAACUGGACUGCAUCCAUGAAGGAGUGGAGUGUCCCGAUGUGUGCAUCGUGGAGCGGCUGUUCUCCAGCAGCCUGGUGGUGGUGGUGAGCCAAUCCGUGCCGCGGCGGAUGAACGUCUAUCACUUUAAGAAAGGUACCGAGAUCUGCAACUACAGCUACACCAACAACAUCCUCUCCGUCAAGCUCAACAGACAGCGACUGGUGGUGUGCCUGGAAGAGUCCAUUUACAUCCAUAAUAUCAAAGACAUGAAACUCCUCAAGACCCUUCUCAACACCCCCACCAACCCGUCAGGUCUCUGCGCCCUGUCCGUCAACCACGGCAACUCUUUCUUGGCAUAUCCAGGCAGCGCCACUCUUGGCGAGAUCACAGUGUACGAUGCAAACAACCUGAGCACUGUGACGCUGAUCCAGGCCCACGCCAGUCCCCUGGCGGCGCUCACCUUCAACGCCUCCGGCACCAAACUCGCUAGCGCUUCGGAGAAGGGCACCGUGAUCAGGGUGUUCAGCAUUCCCGAAGGACAGAGGCUGUUUGAGUUCCGGCGAGGGAUGAAAAGAUACGUUAGCAUUAGUUCAUUGUCCUUCAGCGCCGACGCGCAGUUUCUGUGUGCCUCCAGCAACACCGAGACGGUCCAUAUCUUCAAACUGGAACAGCACAGUCCCAGUCAAGAGGAGGAGUCUCCCACGUGGUCUGCGUACGUGGGGAAAAUGUUCACAGCUGCCAGCACCUACUUGCCAGCUCAGGUGUCCGACAUGAUGCAUCAGGACCGAGCCUUCGCCACCGUGCGACUCAACACGUUCGGCCUGAAGAACAUCUGCGCGCUGGCGACGAUUCAGAAGCUGCCUCGCCUGCUGGUGGCGUCCUCCGGCGGCCAUCUUUACAUCUAUAAUGUCGAUCCGCAGGAUGGAGGAGAAUGUAUGCUGGUCCAAAAACACAGGUUGUUCGAUGGCAGCGAGGAGCAGGUGGAACAGAAAGAAGACGAGACGCCAGUAGAGGUCUCCAGUCAACCAGCCGGCCAAUCAUACGCAGCCACCGUCGCUCUUCCCUCCAGCCCGCCCUGCUCGACCACACUCUUGGGAUACUCGGAGGACGGGGGAGCUCAGAAGGGGGACGUCAUCCCAGAGCACGAGUUCGCCGAGGGCCCCGUGUGUCUGGAUGACGAAAACGAAUUUCCUCCAGUCAGUAACUAGAUAAACUCUCAAAGCCCCCCACCCCCCUCACUACUGAUCCCUCACUAUUGGACGUAGAGAGAAUGGGAGGUGGGUGGGGGGCACUAUGAACACCAGCCGCUUCCUCCUUCCACACAUACCCCUGCAGGUCAAGGGGACUAACCCUACCAGAAAGUCCCAUCCGGGUGUUUUGGGAUUCUGUGUAGACCUACAAACACAUUAACAAGGAGCGGACAUUUUACUCAAUAGGAACAUCUCACAUUCUGUUUUCGACAAAGUCUACCUUAUCACGCCACAAAAUACGGUACAGUGUUCGAAUUUGGGAGUGACGUUGCCUCAAGUGUCGAAGGUUGGAAUAAAUGAAUACUGUCAGACAUUCCCAGGGGGGGAAAAAAAAAAAGUCAUUUAUAAUUUUAGGAAAAUACAUGGUUUAUAUAGAAUGAAGUUCAUUGCUUGAUAACAUUUUUUUUAAAUGGACAUUUAUAAGAUGAACGUAAAAUUGGAUUUGAUUUAUGAUAAAUCAUUUAUGAAAAGAAAUGUUUAGGAGAGAAGAGUUGGCCUUUUACGAGAAUCAAGGUUUUGUUUUUUUCCUUUCGGCGUGGCCCUAUUAACAUUUUACACUUAGGUUUUGGCACAGCCACAAAAUAACAACUCAAUCGUUUGACUGGAGUAUUUUUUAUGAUUUUAUUAUUGAUUUAUGAUUAGAUUUUUUUUUUAUGAUCCACAGUUCUGAGCGGUAUAACCAUAAUGUCAUCCAGGGAGCAUGCAUGCUGUAAAGUGCAGACGACGCAGCCCAGCUACACCCCAUAGCACAAAGCCGGCAGGGGGGGAAAAAUAGCUUUUGUGUACAAGAAUCCUGCUGAAAACAAGCCAAAGGAAGCAUGUGGAAACCUCCUUCUUGGCGGUUGUUAUGUCUAGUCUUAAUUAGGAUUUUUUUUUUUUACAUUUCUACGCAAAAGGCUUCUUGCAAAGCGUGCAUUGUUGCAGUUGAGCCUGCUUGAUAGGGUAGUUUUUGUUUUCGCACAAGAUCGACCAGAAGGGUAUUUCCAUUUGUAUUUUUCAUCAACAAAGCCUCACAGUAUGAGUCGCCAUCACCUCCAGAUAAAGAGUAUUUCAAAUGAGAGCAUUUAAAUCAUGCACUUUUUUUUUUUUUUUUUUUUUUUUUUUACGGAUAACGCUACGAUUAACGAUGCAGCUGUGAUACUAAUUCUGGUAGCGAGUGUAACAUGAGAAGAUAUGUGAAGGAGCCAGUGGUUAAAUGUGAAACUCUUUAACGGCGCACGACCAAGUGACAAGACAGGUCCUUGAAUUUCAAUAUGGUUAUUUUUGAUGAUGGGGAAAAAGUUUUACACGUUAACGCAAACUGACCAUGCAGACCUAUAUUUUCUUUUUUUACUUUGUGUAAAAUGUGUAUGUAAAUCGCAUUCACUACUCACCAAAAAGUUUGAAGUACUGGGCUUCCUGGUGCAGCCUGCUGAUUGACAAGUGAUCACGUGCUGGUCGAUUCACGGAUAAAACAGCUGUUUGGAAUUUUGCAUUUCAGUUCCUUCUUACAGACGAGCAAGUUGUGCAAAAAAAAAAA